UCCAAACUCUGGAAACGUUUGAAAAAUUUCCGAUAGCCAUGGUGAAAGGCACUAACGCCGAGCAAGCCCUCGCCGGAGAAGCAUCGUGUAGUCGCCAAAAGAAGCAACAAGUUCCCUCCAUUGUUGAAGAAGAAGGCGAGAAUGGUGUAGGAGAUGUGGUGGCACGAUCUGGAACGUUGUUCGAGCUAGAUCUCCUCGAUUGUCAUGUUUGCUGUCACGCACUCACUAGUCCUAUCUUUCAGUGUGACAAUGGACAUAUAGCUUGUUCUUCUUGUUGUACUGAACUGAGGAACAAAUGCCCUGCCUGUACUUUGCCUAUUGGUAAAUAUCGAUGCAAAAUAAUGGAGAAAGUUGUGGAAGCAGUCAUUGUCCCAUGUCCAAAUGGCUGCACUGAUGAUGAUGAAGAAGAAGAAGGCGAGAAUGGUGGAGGAACGAGGACUGGAGAUGUGGUGAAAUCAGCGGCAAGAUCGGGAACGCUGUUAGAUCUACAUCUUCUCGAUUGUCCUGUUUGCUCUAACGCACUCACGAGUUCUAUCUUUCAGUGUGACAAUGGACAUAUAGCUUGCUCUUCUUGCUGUAUUGAAAUGAGGUACAAAUGCCCUUUAUGCACUUUUCCCAUUGGUACCUACCGAUGCAGAAUAAUGGAGAAAGUUGUCAAAGCGGUCAUUGUCCCUUGCCCAAACGCCAAAUAUGGCUGCACCAAGACAUUCUUUUAUGGCAAAGAGUUAAUCCAUGAGAAGGAAUGCCGUUUCGCUACUUUUAUCUAUGCACUCUAAACGCUUACUUUUUAAGUUUAGAUGGCUCAUCAUUUUACUUAAUGCUGUUUUUUUGUGUUAUCUCGGAUUCAGAUUCCUCUGCAGAAAUUCUUAUAAAUACUAGCUAAUUGC